GUUCGGCACUCCCCCCUCCUCCUCUCUGUCCCAGUCCUCUCCUCCUGAACACACAACCCGGGUCAUUCGGGUACUACCCAACAAAACACAGGACUUUGAGAUACUCUGAAAACAGCCGACGGUCCCCGGAUUACUGAUAAGACAACUCUUUUUUUUUUUUUUUUUGCACAAAGGAAUAGUUUACCUCAAGCAUAAAUAAUCUGUCGAACAACAAGAAAACGUUUUCUAGUCCAUUGAGAAGUCCAGGACACAGGCACCAUGACCAGUCAGUAGAAAGGCAUUAUUGCAGUUCUCUGUGGGGUCGGGAUGUUUACACAGUGACCAGUCGUGUCGGACGAGACUCCAGCUCCACAGUGAGAAACAAAAGACAAUCGUGAUUGAUGCGCCAUGGAGGGCGGGAACGAAGUGGAUCUGUCCAACAAUAACAUCAGUCCGCUGUGGAAGCGGCAAUCAGCCAAUCACACUGGUCCCAGCAAGCUAAAGGCCCGGCCCCUCAGCUACCAGAUAGACAGACUCCACAUGACUGACUUCCCCGUAGAGGACAACAAGGGCAGCUUUACCCUGAGCCAGCCUGCAGAGCGACUGGUGGCCACGCCGGGAGGAGGGACGGUCAUUCUGAAGCACGUUCUCAACCAACCCACCAGGAGAACACGGGUUGUCAGGAGUAUCAGCAUUGGACAUUUGGCCAAAGGACGUUUCUCUUUGUCCAAGUUCAAGUCGGAGGAUAAGUUUUCGUCAUUGGACAAUAAGGCGUACCAUGGUGGAAGUGUUGGUCAAAUCGGUAACAAGGAGAAGGUGUGGUCAGACAAGCGGCCACGCGAUGCCCUGAAGCGACUCUCCAGCCCGUUCACCCUCACCUCUCACAGAGACCAGAUAGUGUUUGGAACAAGUUCCUCACUGCCGGACCCUGCCACCUCCAGUCACCCCUCUCCCCCUGCCACCCCCAAUAAUAACAACCACCACCAUAACCUGACCUCCUCUUCUUCUUAUCACCCCUUAACCCCUCACCCUUCUCCCCCUAGUCUCCACACCCCUACCCCAUCUCACAGCUCCACCUGCAGUAUCUCCUCCCUCACCUCCACCCCUUCUGACCCCCCCACACCCCGCAGCCCCUCCCCUGCUGACAUGUCUGCCCCCUCCCUCUCUCCUCCUCCCUCAAUUGUCCUCAGCACCCACAGUGCAGCUGCCCUGAAGAUGGGCACACAGCAGCUGAUCCCCAAAGGGCUGGCGUCCCUGAGCAAGGCCUCUCCUGCUGGGGUACAGAGCCAGGCCCUGGGGGGUCUGCUGGGCCUGGAUCCUACCAAGCGGGCCCUACGAGCUGUCAGCAUGGUGGAGACUGGAUCCUUCUUCUCUACGGACGGAGGGGGAGAGGGGACAGACCAGGAUGAGAGCCCUGGGAGUCUGAAAAGGGGGUUGAGGUCUACCUCGUACAGGAGAGCAGUGGUGAGUGGAGUGGAAAUGGAAAUACCAUCUGUAGACCCAAAGACCCAUCUCCUGUCCCAGUCUGUAGACCCAAAGACCCAUCUCCUGUCCCAGUCUGUAGACCCAAAGACCCAUCUCCUGUCCCAGUCUGUACUCCGAGGACUACAGGAGGUCAAGGAGACACCGACCAGCCCUGGGAAGAAGAACAAGAGGCCGGAUAAGAAGCCAGGACUGAUCACACAGAGGACUUUUGACAGGGAAGAGGAGGAACUGUAUCAGAACUACCAGGAGAAAGCUCUUCACAAUGACUCUGAUGAGGACCAGUCCAGAGAGCCCAAACCUGACGAGGGCAUCGUGGUGCAGUACAGACCCAUACGCACCUCGUGGAGCCAACUCAGUGUGGUGAAGAAGAGCGGCGUUAAGCUCAGCCAGGAGGAGCGGAAAAGACAAGAGGCCAUAUUUGAGUUGAUAUCGUCAGAACACUCCUACCUCCACAGUCUGGAGGUUCUGAUCCGGAUGUUUCAGAACUCAGCAGAGCUCAGUGACACCAUGACCAAGACCGAGCACCACCACCUCUUCUCCAACAUCACAGACGUGUGUGAGGCCAGCAAGAAGUUCUUUAAAGAGCUAGAGGACCUGCACCAGCAGAACGUUGUUAUAGAUGACAUCAGUGACAUCGUGUUCAGACACGCCCAGUCCAACUUUGACCCCUACAUCACCUACUGCUCCAAUGAGGUUUACCAGCAGAGGACCCUACAGAGGCUAGUUAGUAAGAGUCCAGUGUUUAAGGAGGUGUUGACACGUAUUGAGGGCCACCCAGAUUGCAGGAACCUCCCAAUGAUCUCCUUCCUAAUCCUGCCAAUGCAGAGAGUCACCCGCCUGCCUCUGCUGAUGGAUGUCAUUUGUCAGAAGGCUUCUAAAGGCUCAUCUCAGUAUGAGGCCUGUAAGAAAGCCCUUCAAUCAGUCAGCAAGGUGGUACGUCAGUGUAACGAAGGGGCCCGUACCAUGGAGAGAACAGAGAUGAUGUACACCAUCAACUCUCAACUGGACUUUAAGAUCAAGCCCUUCCCAUUGGUGUCGUCGUCUAGGUGGAUGGUGAAGAGAGGGGAGCUCACAGCCUUCGUGGAGGAGAACGGCAUCUUCUCCAAGAGGACGUCACGUCAUCAGGUCUACUUCUUCCUCUUCAAUGACGUCCUCAUCCUCACCAGGAAGAAGAGUGAAGACAGCUAUGCAGUGAUAGACUAUGCUCUGAGGGACCAUAUCUGGGUGGGACCCUGCCAGGCUCAGGAUAUCAACCUAUCACCCAUCAGAACCACCGCUGGAAUGCUGACAUCACGGCAUCCCGGGGCCAGCCACCUCUUCCGCCUGCGUUUCCGUAGCAACCAUUCCGGAGACAAGGUGCCCAUGGUCCUGGGGGUGGAGCUAAUGAAUGAGCGAGCUCGCUGGAUCACUGCUCUGGGCCAGAGCAGCAACGACGAGAAGAACCAAGACCGGACCAAUGCCAUGCAGGUGGUGGUGACGAGGACGUACACAGCCAAGCAGCCUGAUGAGCUGUCACUGCAGGUGGCUGACGUGGUCCUGGUGUCACAGACUGUGGAGGAUGGCUGGUAUGAGGGCGAGCGACUCCGUGAUGGCGAGAGGGGUUGGUUCCUGUCAGAAUGUGCUGAACCAAUCACGUGCCAGGCCACUAUUGAGCGCAACGUGCAGAGGAUGGACCGCCUCCAGGGGCUGGAAACCAAUGUGUGAUCCGGAACUGCAGGCUCCACCCACUAAUUACACAAGCCUGUUCUCAGACAGACCAAUGAGUGAUCUGGAACUGCAGGCUCCACCCACUAAUUACACAAGCCUCUUCUCAGACAGACCAAUGAGUGAACCGUAUGCCAACGACGGCCUUUGACCAAUGUUGAGCGGACCAUCACUGAAUACACCAAUGAGCUGCCUUCAAGCACUGUCAACCAAUGAGAGAGCUGACUGACAAUAAAUGCACCAAUAUAAUCUCUCCGUGGGUCAACAGACAAAUGUAUGUGUGCGCCUUGCCUGCUGCGUGUAUCUGUUAGAAUGUGGUUUUUGAUUGUUACCCAUGCAGUGUAACGUUCUCCUCCUUCUACCGGUCUAUACCGUAAGGAAAUUUGACCCUAUGACCUGUCAACAACACUCUGAUUCCUCCCCCUGAUGGGAGAUUGGCCAACCACUGUCUGUGUAACUGUUGUUUUGUUUUUGUUGCCCCGAUGGGGACACACGGAGGACGUGCUGGGGUCAAAGUUCAAAACUGCCACGUACAGAGUGGACACCUAAUGUAGGACGGCGCAUUCAAACUGAUCUGGACACAGAUUCAUUUGAUCAACUGUUUCCUUCUGAAAGACUCCCCAGGAGUUUCCAUGAAUGAAACUUACCCUCUCUACUACAUAGUAACUAACAAUUUAUAUGAGCCAAACAACUAUGUUGAUGAUCUGUGUAUAUAUUUGUUUUAAUUGUCAUUAUUUUUCUUUUUUAAAUUCCUGGUUGUCCUGGUGUGAUGAGACUGAUGAAUUGGCUGAGUGAAUAGAGCCAACAUGGCUCACCGUCCAGUUCAGUUUCACCUCUACUCUGUGGUCAGGCUAUAGUGUGUGAUGAGACUGAUGAAUUGGCUGAGUGAAUAGAGCCAACAUGGCUCACCGUCCAGUUCAGUUUCACCUCUACUCUGUGGUCAGGCUAUAGUGUUUGAUGAGACUGAUGAAUUGGCUGAGUGAAUAGAGCCAACAUGGCUCACCGUCCAGUUCAGUUUCACCUCUACUCUGUGGUCAGGCUAUAGUGUGUGAUGAGACUGAUGAAUUGGCUGAGUGAAUAGAGCCAACAUGGCUCACCGUCCAGUUCAGUUUCACCUCUACUCUGUGGUCAGGCUAUAGUGUUUGAUGAGACUGAUGAAUUGGCUGAGUGAAUAGAGCCAACAUGGCUCACCGUCCAGUUCAGUUUCACCUCUACUCUGUGGUCAGGCUAUAGUGUGUGAUGAGACUGAUGAAUUGGCUGAGUGAAUGGAGCCAACAUGGCUCACCGUCCAGUUCAGUUUCACCUCUGCUCUGUGGUCAGGCUAUAGUGUGUGAUGAGACUGAUGAAUUGGCUGAGUGAAUAGAGCCAACAUGGCUCACCGUCCAGUUCAGUUUCACCUCUACUCUGUGGUCAGGCUAUAGUGUGUGAUGAGACUGAUGAAUUGGCUGAGUGAAUAGAGCCAACAUGGCUCACCGUCCAGUUCAGUUUCACCUCUACUCUGUGGUCAGGCUAUAGUGUGUGAUGAGACUGAUGAAUUGGCUGAGUGAAUGGAGCCAACAUGGCUCACCGUCCAGUUCAGUUUCACCUCUACUCUGUGGUCAGGCUAUAGUGUGUGAUGAGACUGAUGAAUUGGCUGAGUGAAUAGAGCCAACAUGGCUCACCGUCCAGUUCAGUUUCACCUCUACUCUGUGGUCAGGCUAUAGUGUGUGAUGAGACUGAUGAAUUGGCUGAGUGAAUAGAGCCAACAUGGCUCACCGUCCAGUUCAGUUUCACCUCUACUCUGUGGUCAGGCUAUAGUGUGUGAUGAGACUGAUGAAUUGGCUGAGUGAAUGGAGCCAACAUGGCUCACCGUCCAGUUCAGUUUCACCUCUACUCUGUGGUCAGGCUAUAGUGUGUGAUGAGACUGAUGAAUUGGCUGAGUGAAUAGAGCCAACAUGGCUCACCGUCCAGUUCAGUUUCACCUCUACUCUGUGGUCAGGCUAUAGUGUGUGAUGAGACUGAUGAAUUGGCUGAGUGAAUAGAGCCAACAUGGCUCACCGUCCAGUUCAGUUUCACCUCUACUCUGUGGUCAGGCUAUAGUGUGUGAUGAGACUGAUGAAUUGGCUGAGUGAAUAGAGCCAACAUGGCUCACCGUCCAGUUCAGUUUCACCUCUACUCUGUGGUCAGGCUAUAGUGUGUGAUGAGACUGAUGAAUUGGCUGAGUGAAUAGAGCCAACAUGGCUCACCGUCCAGUUCAGUUUCACCUCUACUCUGUGGUCAGGCUAUAGUGUGUGAUGAGACUGAUGAAUUGGCUGAGUGAAUAGAGCCAACAUGGCUCACCGUCCAGUUCAGUUUCACCUCUACUCUGUGGUCAGGCUAUAGUGUGUGAUGAGACUGAUGAAUUGGCUGAGUGAAUGGAGCCAACAUGGCUCACUGUCCAGUUCAGUUUCACCUCUACUCUGUGGUCAGGCUAUAGUGUGUGAUGAGACUGAUGAAUUGGCUGAGUGAAUAGAGCCAACAUGGCUCACUGUCCAGUUCAGUUUCACCUCUACUCUGUGGUCAGGCUAUAGUGUGUGAUGAGACUGAUGAAUUGGCUGAGUGAAUAGAGCCAACAUGGCUCACCGUCCAGUUCAGUUUCACCUCUACUCUGUGGUCAGGCUAUAGUGUGUGAUGAGACUGAUGAAUUGGCUGAGUGAAUAGAGCCAACAUGGCUCACCGUCCAGUUCAGUUUCACCUCUACUCUGUGGUCAGGCUAUAGUGUGUGAUGAGACUGAUGAAUUGGCUGAGUGAAUAGAGCCAACAUGGCUCACCGUCCAGUUCAGUUUCACCUCUACUCUGUGGUCAGGCUAUAGUGUGUGAUGAGACUGAUGAAUUGGCUGAGUGAAUAGAGCCAACAUGGCUCACCGUCCAGUUCAGUUUCACCUCUACUCUGUGGUCAGGCUAUAGUGUGUGAUGAGACUGAUGAAUUGGCUGAGUGAAUAGAGCCAACAUGGCUCACCGUCCAGUUCAGUUUCACCUCUACUCUGUGGUCAGGCUACAGUGUGUGAUGAGACUGAUGAAUUGGCUGAGUGAAUAGAGCCAACAUGGCUCACUGUCCAGUUCAGUUUCACCUCUGCUCUGUGGUCAGGCUAUAGUGUGUGAUGAGACUGAUGAAUUGGCUGAGUGAAUAGAGCCAACAUGGCUCACCGUCCAGUUCAGUUUCACCUCUACUCUGUGGUCAGGCUAUAGUGUGUGAUGAGACUGAUGAAUUGGCUGAGUGAAUAGAGCCAACAUGGCUCACCGUCCAGUUCAGUUUCACCUCUACUCUGUGGUCAGGGUAUAGUGUGUGAUGAGACUGAUGAAUUGGCUGAGUGAAUAGAGCCAACAUGGCUCACCGUCCAGUUCAGUUUCACCUCUACUCUGUGGUCAGGCUAUAGUGUUUGAUGAGACUGAUGGGGAAGAGGCUCAUUGUAAAGAUACACAAAUGGCUCUGUACUUCCAACUUAUCUGUGUGUGUGCAACUGGGAGGCCAUUUGUAAUGUAACUGAAUGUGACAAAUGUUCCAAAAUGGCCAUAACAUGUCCCUGUGUGACUGCUGAAGAGGCUGAAUGUACAGUAAGGAGCCAAAAUGGUGGACUGAAGGGUCCAGUUUCCACACUUCCCUCUGGUUAGAAGGUGACAGUAUAGUGAGGCUGUAUGUUAUGAAGGCCUACAAAGGCAAAAAGAAAUCCCACCAUCAUGCCUACUCCCGAUUACCAAACCCCGCUCCCGAUUACCAAAUCCCGCUCCCGAUUACCAAACCCCGCUCCCGAUUCCCAAAACCCGCUCCCGAUUCCCAAACCCUACUCCCGACCUGUAACUAUUUUAGAUGCCUAAAACUAUUAGACCAGUAUUAGCAAUAUGGGUGUAUCUCCACCUUGGUCUCUGGCAAAGCUUUGUUCAACUGACCCAUAUAGUCCUACGCAACUGACCCAUAUAGUCCUACGCAACUGACCCAUGUAGUCCUACGCAACUGACCCAUAUAGUCCUUCGCAACUGACCCAUAUAGUCCUACGCUUUCAGAGGUACACAAUGCAUAUGGGCUGGAAGGGGAUCUGUAAUUGGGCACUUUGCCUCUAGCUUAAUGUCACUUUACAUGAAUAGAACCAUUUCCGUCCCCACAGAGCUCCGUCGGUCUGCCACUCGGUGUGAUUAUGCCCAGUGAUGUCAGAGAUGGACCUUUUUAAAAAUACUCUCCUUGUGAUUUCGGUGACGUGCGGCAGGAGAGAAAAUGAAAUGAAAUGGUGUGACGGGUAUCGGUUCUGAAACUGGAAAAAAAACAGAGCUGUGGUUGUAACUUGAUUGUCCAGCAUGAUUCAUCUCUUUUAAGUGUGUAAUGUUGUGUGUAACGUUGUCUCACGUCGCUGAAGGAAACAAGUAAUCAGAUCAGCUUCCUGUUGUAACACCGUUCAUCAGACCAGACCACUACCUAUCAUCUGGUCUGACCCAGACCACUACUCUUCAUCUGGUCUGACCCAGACCACUACUCUACAUCUGGUCUGACCCAGACCACUACUCUACAUCUGGUCUGACCCAGACCACUACUCUACAUCUGGUCUGACCCAGACCACUACUCUACAUCUGGUCUGACCCAGACCACUACUCUACAUCUGGUCUGACCCAGACCACUACUCUACAUCUGGUCUGACCCAGACCACUACUCUACAUCUGGUCUGACCCAGACCACUACUCUACAUCUGGUCUGACCCAGACCACUACUCUACAUCUGGUCUGACCCAGACCACUACUCUACAUCUGGUCUGACCCAGACCACUACUCUACAUCUGGUCUGACCCAGACCACUACCUAUCAUGUGGUCUGACCCAGACCACUACCUAUCAUGUGGUCUGACCCAGACAAAAAGCUUUGCUCUCAGGGAAAACUGAUGCGACAUGCAUUUAACCAUUCAUGUAAAUAUGUAACUAAUAUCAACCUCUGUUUAACCAUUCAUGUAAUCCACGGCUAUAGAUUUAUAUUGUAGAUGAUGAAGCCUUCAGAUAUUUAAUCAACUUAAAAAAAAAAAAAUGUGUUUUUAUACCCCGUUUCCUCCCCAAUUUCGUGGUAUCCAAUUGUCUUAUUGCUGCAAUUUCCGUACGGAUUCAGGAAAGGCAACGGUCGAGAGCCGUGCGUCCUCCGAAACCCAACCAGGGCGCACUGCUCCUUGACACAAUGCCCACUUAAGCCAGCAGCACCAAUGUGUCAAAGGAAACACCAUACACCUGGUGAACGUGUCAGCAUCUGGCAAGCCACAGGAGUCGCUAGUGCACGAUGGUUGAAGGACAUCCCUGCCUGCCAAACCCUCCCCUAACCCGGACGACGCUGGGCCGAACCCUCCCCUAACCCGGGCGACGCUGGGCCGAACCCUCUCCUAACCCGGACGACGCUGGGCCGAACCCUCCCCUAACCCGGACGACGCUGGGCCGAACCCUCCCCUAACCCGGACGAAGCUGGGCCAAACCCUCCCCUAACCCGGACGACGCUGGGCCAAACCCUCCCCUAACCCGGACGAAGCUGGGCCAAACCCUCCCCUAACCCGGACGACGCUGGGCCAAACCCUCCCCUAACCCGGACGACGCUGGGCCAAACCCUCCCCUAACCCGGACGACGCUGGGCCAAACCCUCCCCUAACCCGGACGACGCUGGGACAAACUCCCUCCCUUAACCAGGACGACGCUGGGACAAACCCUCCCUUAACCCGGACGACGCUGGGCCAAUUGUGCACCGUCCCAUGGGUCUCCCUGUCGCGGCCGGCUGCAACAGAUCCUGGACACGAACCCAGAAUCUCUAGUGGCACAGCUAACACUACAAUGCAGUGCUUUAGACCACAGUGCCACUAGAGAGGCCCUUUUAAUCUAUACCUAACGUAAAGUGUUGGUCCUAUGUUUCAUGGGCUGAAACAAAAUAUCCUAGAAAUUUUCCAUUUGCACAAAAAGUUUAUUUUGCUCAAAUUUGUUUACAUCGCUGUUAGUCAGCAUUUCUCAUUGGUCAAGAUAAUCCAUCCACCUGACAGGUGUGGCAUAUCAAGGAGCUGAUUAAACAGCAUGAUCAUUACACAGGUGCACCUUGUGCUGGGGACAAUAAAAGGCCUCUCUAAAAUGUGCAGUUUUGUCACACAACACAAUGCCACAGAUGUCUCAAGUUUUGAGGAAGCGUGUAGUUGACAUGCUGACUGCAGGAAUCUCCACCAGAGCUGUUGCCAGAGAAUGUAAUGUUAGUUUCUCUACCGUUUCCAACAUCGUUUUAGAGAAUUUGGCAGUAUGUCCAACUGGUCUCACAACAGCAGACCACGUGUAACCAUGCCUACCCACGGCCGCCACAUCCGGCUUCACAACAGCAGACCACGUGUAACCACGCCUACCCACGGCCGCCACAUCCGGCUUCACAACAGCAGACCACGUGUAACCACGCCUACCCACGACCGCCACACCCGGCUUCUUCACCUGCGGGAUCUUCUGAGAGCAGCCACCCGGACAGUUGAUGAAUCUGAGGAGUAUUUCUGUCUGUAAUAAAGCCCCUAAUAAAACUCAUCCUGAUUGGCUGAGCCCGGCUCCCCGUGAAAUCCAUAGAUAAGGGCCUAAUGACUUUAUUUCAGUUGACUGAUUUCCUGAUAUGAACUGUAGCUACGUCAAAUUGUUAAUUGUUGCAUUUACUCUUGUUCAGUAUAUAUUUCUUGUUAAUAAAAGUACCUUGGCAUAUUUGC